CCAUUUACAAUCCAUCAUCUAGAUCCCCCUCAGCCUCGUCAACACCAUGUCGACCCUCCUCCGCAUCUGGCCGCAACUCUUCCCCGCCAAACCCACCCUCACGGCGACGACGCUUCCGCCCCAAACGGACAAAGUAGUCAUCAUCACCGGGAGCACCUCCGGACUAGGCCUUGAACUCGCCCACGUCCUCUACUCUGCCGGCGCAACAGUGUACCUCGCCGCUCGCGACGAGGCCAAAGCUCAAGCCGUCAUCCACACCCUCACCACUACAGCCGCAGCCACCACCUCCACGCCAGGCAAAGUACACUUCCUCCACUUGGACCUCUCGGACCUCCGCACCAUAAAACCCGCCGUCUCGACAUUCCUAUCUCAACAAUCCCGUCUCGAUCUCCUCUUCAACAAUGCCGCCGUAGCCAGUGUCCCCCUAAUCAACCGCACCGCGCAAGGUCUCGAGCCGCACCUCGGCACGAACUGUGUCGGCCCCUACCUUCUCACGCAACUCCUUGCCCCGAUCCUAACGGAGACCGCCUGUCAUCCAGAUACACUCACCAACAGCGUCCGUGUCAUCUGGAGCAGCAGUAUGCUCGUCGACGUGAUGGUGCCAGCCCAAGGCGUUCCGCCCGCGGAGCUGGACUCCCCCAGCGCCGACGUCAACCACAACUACGCUGUCAGUAAAGCCGGAAACUGGUUCCUGGCGGACCGGUUGUCUCGGCAGCUGGGUGAGAAAGGGGUGAUUAGCAUCACCCAGAACCCGGGGAAUAUCUAUACGAAGAUCUAUGAUAAUGCGCCCCGCUGGACGGUGUGGAUGUCGACACCGGUUUAUUAUACGCCCAAGGAGGGCGUGAAUACCAUGCUUUGGGCGGGGUUUGCGCCGGAGAUGACGGUCCAGGAUGGCGGGCGAUAUGUCAUUCCGUUUGGGAGGUGGCAUCCGUGUCCGAGGCCGGAUUUGUUGGAGGCGAUGAGGGAUGAGGAGGAGGGAGGGAAGGGGUAUGCGAGGGUGUUUGAGGAGUGGUGUGAGAGGGUGACGAGGGAGUUUAGGUGA